AUGCUUGCUUCUUUUUUAGUUCUUCAUUGCUUCUUUUUUCACUUUAGAGUUUCUGUUUGUGUUCCAGAUGCAGUCUUCUUCUACUACACUGUUUCGAUUACUUAUGAAGAUAAGAGACUUGUCGAAGGAAAGGGAAUUGGUAGAAAGCUGCUUGACAAGCUUUACCAAACAUAUUCUUCUGUAUUUGUUGGUAAAACGUUUGCCUAUGAUGGUGACAAGACUCUACACUAUUGGAACUCUACUGGGGAAAAACAAGAGUUCAUUGUAGUUCUCAAAGACUAUAUUGCCAAAGGUGAGCAGGAAAGCCCAUCCUAA